AUGGCGGAUGCGGUGCUGUUUGAGUUUCUGCACACGGAGAUGGUGGCGGAGCUGUGGGCGCGCGCUUCCGAUCCAAGCCCCGGGGGACAGAAGACAAGCCUGUGGGUUCUGGAGAACAUGGGCUUUCGUGUGGGCCAAUCUCUGGGUGAGAGGCUACCCCGGGACACCCUGGCCUUCAGGGAGGAGCUGGAUGCCCUCAAGUUCCUGUGUAGAGAUCUGUGGGCGGCUGUGUUCCAGAAACAGACAGAUGGUCUGCGCACCAACCACCAGGGGACCUACAUCAUACUGGACAACGAUUUCCCCCUGCUUGUCCGGAUGGCCGCUGGUCAGCAGUAUCUAGAGGAGGCACCCAAGUUCCUGGCCUUCACCUGCGGCCUCCUUCGAGGCACCCUCAACACCCUGGGCAUCAAGAGCUUGGUCACCGCCGCCGUGGCAGCCUUGCCUGCUUGUAAGUUCCAGGUGGUGAUCCAGAGGGCCUGA